AUGGAUUUAAGUUUGCAACUUCUUAUUGCUUUAAUUACAAUUAGAAUCUGUGCUGCAAUUCCAAUAGCAGCAGAAUUACAACAGCAAUAUUAUGUCAAUGUGACACCAGUAUGUGAGCAACAAUCCAUUAAAGUAGUAUUAAAAUUUAAUGGUAAUGAUUGGCCAGCUGGACAAUUUGAAGAUUGGAUUAUUGUUGGAACAAAUAAUCGUGCUGAAUGCCGCUUAAAGGGAAAUGGUGAAUUGCAGUAUGUUAUCGAACUUGCAGUUUUCAAUGAUCCAUGUCAAACAGAAAUGCUUUCUACGGGAGUAUUUCAAAAUCGAAUUCGAAUUGGAAAAAAUCCAGCUGUAAUUUUGCUUGGUGAUAAAACAUAUAUCAUUAAAUGUACAUACGGAUUACCGGAAAUAAGUCAACUUGAUAUUCCAUCUAUAAAUCCAUCAUUCAAUGCUAUUACAUUAGCAGAUUUGUCAACAAAUUCAAUGCAACGUGAAUCACUAAAUGCUAUCGGAUUACCAGCAUUAUCAAAUGAAACCAUCGGAGAAAUUGCAGAAGGUGAAGAUAUGGAUGAUAGUAGUGAUAACACUAUUAUAUCAUGGCCAAUUCUUUUCUCCAUCAUUGGUGGCUUAUUCGUUAUUAUUCUUAUUCUUAUCUUUACAUUUAUUUGUUUCCGAUCAAAGAUUGAAAAUAUGCCAAGCAAUUUGCAAGGACAAAAUAUUUCAACAAAUGAUGGUAUCACAAUUAGUAAAUUUGGUAUCAGUGAUCUUUGGUGGAAUGAAAAGAACAAUGUCAAACCAAAGCAGUUGUCAAGCAUUCAAACAACAAAUGAACGAUCUUCCGCAACCGUUCAAAGUACGCUACACAUUAAUUCAUCACUAUCAUCUGAUUCAUCGAUCUGUUCGGAACGAAAUUUGCAAAAUACUUCAACGAGAAGUUAUUCCCAACGACGAUCUACAACAACAGAUUCCGGAAUUACUGUUGCGGAAGAUUUACCGCAAUGUUAUUCGGAAUGGCGAAGUCGUAUUCUAGCCAAUUUACCAAACAAACAUGUGAAUAAAAAUGUUGAUUUGAACAGAUGUUCAUCAUUACUAAUGAAUGAGGUAACAGUUGGCGAAAAUCAACUCUCCGAAGUUCGUUCAAUCACCGAAAUCUAUCGGUCCGCUGAGAUGGCGCUCGGUGACGGUGAUGCAUCAUCACAAUCAACACUUGAAGGAAUGUCACAUAUGCCUAAUUAUCAUGAUUUGGAUCCUGCAAUUGAACGUCUAAUUCGAUGUAUUGGUAAAAUACGCGGUAUUGGUACACGUAAACUUACCGAACAAGAAUUUGGUCGUUGGCGUCGUUUAGUGACCAAUAAUGUGACAUUUCGUGAAACGCUUAUGAAUGCACGUGAUAGUAAACAAAUUGAAGAGAUUUGUUUAGGAUCAAAUUACAAGAAAUUAUUUACUAAAGAAAAAUGGAAUGCUAUAAUUCGUUGUAUCAUUGAACAACAACAACAAAACAAUAUGUCAACAAAACAUUUUCUUAAACGAACUGAUUCACAACGACAAGUCAGCUAA